AUGGCCUCAUCAAGCUUUGGUUUCUUGAGCCUUAUGUUGGUGGUUGUUGGAACUCUUUUGGGAGAGUACAAUGGAGUUUCGGCUCAAUGCGAGACGAGUAUUCCGAGCCUGGUAUCCCAAUGCUCGGAAUACAUUCGAGUCCCGGGGCCAGAAAUCCCACCGUCGACGGAUUGUUGUGAUGUGGUAAAAAGCGUCGAUAUUCCAUGCAUAUGCAAGUACGUUACACCAGAAAUUGAGAAGCUUGUUAGUAUGGAAAAAGUUGUCUUUGUUGCUACAGCAUGUGGCUUGACCCUUCAACCUGGAAUGAAAUGCGGAAGCUUCACUGUUCCACCACAUGUUUGA